AUGGCAUCAGAUAGUGCUCCCAGUUGGUCAGAUGCUGAAAGGAGGAAACUGGCCCAUCAGCUGUUGAUUGAACUUCUUUCAUAUCAAUUCGCCUCCCCAGUGCAGUGGAUCGACACACAACGGGCUCUGCUCGAGCAUGAUCCUCCCAUCCAACGAGUGGUUGAGAUUGGUCCCUCCCGGGUCCUCGCCAAUAUGGCCGAGAAAACCGCCACGGGGGCGACGGCCUCGAGAGAUCAGGCAUAUGCCGUCAAUAGACAGUUUCUCAGCUCGGCAGGCAACCUCAACGAGAUAUACUAUGAAUAUGGGGAUCCAGUAGAGCAAGAAACUCCAUUGCCACCGACAUCAACCCCACAACCAUCCAUACCACAGCCCUCACCAACUUCAACAUCACUACAGGCGACUCCGACAGCCCCUUCCACAUUCCCAACCGCAAUACCAGACACGCCAUUGACCGCUGGGGACAUCGUGCUAAGUCUGGUAGCACAGAAGCUGAAAAAGCCUUUUGACCAAGUACCCAUGGACAUGUCCAUCCGUGAUCUCUCAGGAGGAAAAUCCACUCUACAAAAUGAACUCAUUGGGGACCUCGAGGCGGAACUAGGCCAUCUCCCAGACAGCAGUGAAAACACCCCCCUGCAAGGACUGGCCGCUCUGCCUUUCUCCGGCCAGCUGGGGAAGCUGAUGACCGGUCUCAUCGCCCGCUUGGUCUCCUCAAAAAUGCCCGCCGGCUUCAACCAGCAGACAAUUCGCCAGCACCUGCAUACCUGCUGGGGCUUAGAAUCUCAGCGUCAGACCGCCGUGCUUUGCUACGCCACGACGAUGGAGCCCGCAUCACGGUUGGCCGAUGCCAGCGCCGCGGCUACAUUUCUCGAUACCGUCGUAUCGCGAUAUGCGGGGGUUUCGAAAAUCAACUUGACCCCUGCGUCGGUGAGCAGCGGCGCAUCGUCUGGGGCCAUCACAAUGGUUGAUGCAUCCGCUCUACAGGCCGCGACGCGAGAGAACCAAAUGGCUCUUCGGAAGAUACACACUGUGCUCGGACGGUUCCUCCCAGAGACAGAUCAGAGAAUGGACCCGGCAGAGUCGGAACGUCAAACUAAACAGCUGGAAUCGCAGUUAGAGCAUUGGACCGCCGAGUUUGGGGGUCAGAUGCAGAUGGGGACGUCACCAAUCUUCGAUCCUCACAAAGCACGCCGCUACGAUUCCUGGUGGAACUGGGUGCGCGUCGACCUCCUCGCGCUUGUCCAGCGGCUGGAUCCGAGAAAGACAUCGCACUCGGACCUCGAAGAAGAAAUCCAUAUGAUCCUGAACCGAUGGACCCCGUCUUGCUCCAUGAUUGUGAAUUUCGUAUCUGCAGCCCGUGGAUUGAAUCUCCAGGACCUCUUUCAUCGUCCCAAUCCCCAUUCCCGUGAUGCGACAUUCCGGUUUAGGGGUCCCGCUCUAGCUCCCAAGACCAUCGUUGAUCCCACCGGCGAAAUCCGCUACUCGGAGGUAGUACGGCGCUCGCUCGGCAGUCUCAACGAGAGGAAUUACGCGUCCAUUAUUGCCCAGGGCGCAGACCAUGCCAUGCCCUUCUGCCACCUGCGGAGCCGCCACGGUCCCGGCUGGCAAUACCACCAAGCCUGGACGGAUCGGUUCCUGGAGUCUCUCGCCCGAGGAGCGACCUCGGGACUGUCGUUCCAGGACAGGGUCGUUGUAGUGACCGGGGCUGGAAGCGGUUCUAUCGGUGCGGACGUGGUGCAGGGCCUGUUACAAGGGGGCGCCCAAGUAAUUGUGACUACGAGCCGGGCCGUGAGUACCACUGCUGAAUUCUACAGUUCCAUGUACCGGAUGCACGGGUCCCGAGGGAGCAGCCUGGUCGUGCUACCGUUCAACCAAGGGAGUAAACAGGACUGCGAGGCACUGAUCGAGCACAUCUACACUAGUCGUGACGGCUACGGAGGGGACAUCGACAUUCUGCUCCCAUUCGCGGCCGUCCGUCAGGCCGGGCAGAUCGAAGGCGGCCUGGACGAGACAACCGAACUGGCCCAUCGGCUGAUGAUGGUCAAUCUGCUGCGUCUCCUGGGUGCGAUCAAAGAGAAUAAAUCCCGCCGGCGGAUCAAUACACGGCCGACCACCGUUGUGCUGCCCCUGUCGCCAAAUCACGGCACUUUUGGUGGGGAUGGGUUGUACUCGGAGUCAAAGAUUGGGUUGGAGACGCUCUUCAAUCGAUUCUAUUCCGAGCGGUGGGCGCCAUACCUGGCAGUUUGUGGAGCCGUAAUCGGCUGGACUCGAGGCACUGGAUUGAUGGCGAGCAACAAUAUCCUCGCGGACGCAGUGGAAGCGCACAACGCCUUGACCUUCACCGCGGCAGAGAUGGCAUUCAAUAUCCUCGCGUUCUUGGCCGAGCCGCAUCUGGUGGCGGCGUGUGAAGAACAGCCUAUCCUCGCUGAUUUCAGCGGAAACCUUAGCGGAAUCCGAGAUCUCCGGAGCAUAUUAUUCUCCGCCCGGCGAGAGGUGCAGGAUCAGAGCCGGCUCCGAAAGGCAUUAAGCGCCGAGAAUGCUCGCCAGCAAGAGUUAUUGAACGGUCCACCUGAGGCACCGUCGGCCCCAGUUUCCCGGAGACGGCGGUCGAACCUUCAAGUGGGAUAUCCUCCACUGCCGGGUUUCCCGACGGUGACAAACGGUCUUCCCAGCCUGCACGGGAUGAUAGACUUGCGCAAAACCGUCGUUGUGGUCGGGUACUCGGAGUUGGGCCCUUGGGGUAGCUCCCGAACCAGAUGGGAGAUGGAGUCCAGCGGCAAGUUUUCCCUGGAAGGAUACCUGGAGAUGGCGUGGAUGAUGGGCCUGGUUGAACCCUUUACCGGAGACGUGGAGGGAAAGCCCUACGUGGGAUGGGUCGACGGCAAGACCAAACAGCCCGUUCAUGAUGACGAGAUCGGCGAGCGAUAUGGUCAGUAUAUCCAUGACCAUGCAGGGAUUCGCUUCAUCGAGCCCGAGCUGCUGAACGGGUACGAUCCGGAGCGAAAGGAGUUCUUACAUGAAGUCGUGGUCGAUGAAGAUUUGCCUGCAUUUGAAGCCUCCAAAGACACCGCCGAUGCGUUGAAGCUCCGCUUCGGGGAUAAAGUUUGCGUGUCCGCUGCCUCUCCAUCCCAGAGCGACACAUGUCAGGUGCAGAUCAAGAAGGGUGCGCAUUUUUUGGUUCCCAAGGCCGUCCCAUUCACUCGGAAGGUGGCUGGCUUGCUCCCGACUGGAUGGAAUCCCACGCGAUACGGCAUUCCCGACGAAAUUGUCGCCCAGGUAGAUCCUAUCACGCUGUAUGUGCUGUGCUGCGUUUGUCAAGCCAUGCUGAGCGCCGGGAUCCAAGACCCGUUCGAAAUCUAUCGGUAUAUCCAUGUUUCGGAGUUGGCCAAUUGCAUCGGAACAGGGGUGGGAGGCUUGGUCUCCAUGCGGGGGAUCUACGGAGAGCGAUACCUCGAUCGUCCCGUGCAGAGCGACAUUCUUCAAGAAUCGUAUCUAAAUGCAAUGGGGGCGUGGACCAACAUGUUACUACUGGGAUCGAGUGGUCCCAUCAAGUCUCCCGUUGGAACUUGCGCGACAGCUGUGGAGUCCCUCGACGCGGGAUGCGAGUCCAUCCUCCUCGGUAAAGUAAAGAUGGCCGUGGUCGGUGGAACAGACGAUUUCCAAGAAGAAAUGUCCUACGAAUUCGCUAAUAUGAAAGCUACCUCGAGUACCGUCGACGAACUCAGCAAGGGCCGAUUGCCCAAAGAAAUGUCCCGGCCGAGCACGACCUCGCGCAGUGGAUUCACGGAGUCGGCGGGCUGUGGCAUUCAAAUCAUCACCACGGCGGAACUCGCUCUGGAGAUGGGGCUCCCCAUAUACUCCAUUGUGGCGCACACCCAAAUGGCGGGGGAUCGCAUUGGUCGCUCGGUGCCGGCGCCUGGACAAGGCGUUCUCACUGCAGCGCGGGAGAGUCCCGAUGCCCGGAAUCAGUCCCCACUGCUUGAUCUAGAGUAUCGCAGGCAGCAGCUCGAGGAGACCCGAGAACAGAUUCAAAAGGAGCGGACGGUUCGGCUGCAGGAGAUGAAACACCACACAGGUGAUGAUAUCGAGCGGCAGCUGCAGGAGGUGGAAACCAUCACGUCGUGUAAGAUCCGCGACGCACAGAGUCUCUGGGGAAUGGACCUCCGUCGACAACUUCCCCAGUUGUCGCCGUUACGGGCGGCGCUGGCAGUCUGGGGAUUAAGGAUUGAUGAUAUCGAAGUGGCCACGCUGCACGGGACAUCCACCAAAGCGAAUGACCUGAACGAGGCGACGGUGAUUCAAAUGCAGAUGACUCAUCUUGGUCGGUCGAAGGGGAAUCCCCUCUUCACGAUUUCCCAGAAAUACCUCACGGGUCACCCCAAGGGCGCAGCGGGAGCCUGGAUGUUCAACGGCGGAUUACAGGUCCUGCAGACGGGACUGGUUCCGGGGAAUCGCAACGCGGAUAACAUCGACCAGACCCUGCGGCCGCAUGACCAUUUACUCUAUCCCCCUCAAAGUAUCCAGACCACAGGGGUCAAGGCAUUCAUGUUGACGUCUUUCGGUUUUGGUCAGAAGGGCGGGCUGGCACUGGCGGUCGCUCCACGAUACUUGUUUUCUGCAUUGACCGAGGAUCAAUUUGAAAAAUAUCGCGUGCGCACUCUGGAACGGCAGCAGAAGGGCAAUCAGGAGUUUAUCAGGGGCAUACGCCAGAAGUCUCUGUUUCAGGCAAAGGAAAAUUCAGCCUGGAAGAAGGACGACGAAGUGACGGUGUUUUUGGAUCCUUUAGCGCGAGUAGGCCCGUCAGAAUACUCGUUCCAGAUGGAUAAUCUUCAUCCUGAGCAGAUCAACCCCGAAAGUUCGGCUGUACGGAGUAAAAGGGGGUGUAAGAAGGCAGGAAAUUGCCUGGCAUGUCCGGGCUGUUUACCGAAACAGUAUACAUUUUAG